GGAGGAGGAUUCACACUCUGGUUUUAUUUCUCUCCUCCUCUCCUUCUCCUCUUGCUAUGACCCAUUUGACAAGCGGCUGCCACCAAGACCGAUACGCCAGGAUGAACGGUGAACUGAGAGCCGGUCGGACCACGACAGCCAAGAGAGGAAGCAGCGCCAUUGACAGAUCUGAUUAUGACAUGGAGUAUGACAAAUACCCGGAUGACUGCUAUAACCGUGUGUUUGACUAUCAGCGAGUUCCCUCUUCGGUCCCUGCGGAUCCCAGUCCUGUAAAACAACCCCGCCCUUCGUCUUCGUCAUCCUCCUCCUCUUCAUUGUCCACAGCGGCUCUGAGAAUGAGCAGCAGCAGGCCGUCCAGAAGGAGCAACAACACACACACCUCCGCCUCCAGCAGCAAAUUGAGAAUGGCAGAGCUUCUUUCCAUCAAAAGGGAACUGACAGUGAUCAAGGUUCAGAUCGAUGGCCUGCUGGACUGCGUAGACAAGAUGGACAGACAGAGGAAGGAUGGCUCAGAGUGUCCUGAGAGCAGGGAGCCCAGUGUGUCGGAUUCCUCUCGCCGAGGUUCAGUCAGCAGUCUGGAGCGAGAGAGUCCGGAGCCAGGGGAGGCCAGUGAGGACGAGCCGCUGCACUACCAGCACUAUUACCCCUACAGCUACACCCACAGGAUAAAGCCGUCUGAUCAGGAGGAGGACCUGUGAUGCUGCAGUUCAGAAGCAGACGCUCAGAUCUGUAACAGCUGGGAUGGACGAAGCUUCAAGACGACGCUGGCAACACGACCUGCAUUUGGACUGACUCUCCUCCACCCCUGAUUUUUGAUUUUUUCACAUAUCUUUGACAUUUUUAUU